AUGCCUCAAGUUCGAACCCACCCCGCCAAAGGCCUUCCUACUAAGAACAACAAGCAGGUUAUUGUCAGAAUGUCCACUACUUCGGAGGAAGAAACUGUGAUCCACGAGGGCAGAAGGGCACAGCAGAACGGGGCCAGAAAUCGUCAGGAUGGAGCUCAGGCUGCGCACAUCGGCGUCGCGACACCGUCCAGCUCGAGGCAGCCCGGGCAGCGAGCCCCCCGCCUCGCCAAUGACCCCAGAAACAAUAAAGGGCCGCCGAUUACGCCGGCAAAGAAGGUUCUCAGCCCCGAGGAAGAAUCCGCUCAGCAGGCGGAACUGGCGAAGUACUACAAGCCCCUGAAUCCGGAGUUGAAGGCAGAACUGGAAAAGCUGCAGCAAGAUAUCCUACAGAAGGCCCACCAGAACCGUUUCAAAGAUGCCGAUUUCCCGGUGGCAGAUGCCAAGUUUAUGGAGAUCUGCAGAGGGGGCCCGGGAAACGACCCUAGCUCUGAGGUGUUCGAGAGGAUCGGGGUGCAUCGCUACGAUGGACAAACUCGAUCUGCGCUAUCGGUUACAGGCCCCGAUGGCGGGGAGCAGCCCUCGUUUGAGGUUGCAGAUUACGCCGGCGCGCCCGAUCUUCCCACGUUCGAGGAGAAAGUUGCCCAGUGGCAGGCGUACAGUAACAGCCGUGCUGUGUACUCCGACGUCGUGGACGGUAAGGUGGUGUUGUCAUCCGAGCCAAGCCAGGGGCAUCUGGAGAUGCAGAAGAAAGCGAGAACCGCCGGCGAGAAGCUCCGGUCCGGACAACAGGACUGCAAGCACAGAUGGGAAGACGCGUGGACCCCCGAGUGGGAGACCCGACCUCGCCUUUACUCCGACCUAGCUGAGUUCAUCGACUGGUUCCGCCGUUGGAUGGACGGGACCAUGGCCCUAGUCUGCUACACGGACAUCUACCACGAGACUUUCUUUGACGGCACCGCCCAUCCGGACGGCGUACGGGGCUUCCUCAUCCCCAGCCUGGACGACGUCGAAACCCGCAUCGACACAUCGGUGGAAGAGACCCGCCUGCACCGUCACGAGAGCGCCGAGGGCUAUUGCUACACCCUGGAGUUGCACCAACGAAAAGAAGAAGAAGAGCGCCUGUUCAAAGAGGCAAUUCGCAGAGAGAGAGCCCGAGACAUCUACAUCCAGACCAGACAGGCAGCGCUCGAGCCGCACCCACUGUCGCCGCGCGCGAACAUCUACCUCCGACACGCGCUGCCAAGCGACGCUGCCGAACUCGUCGAGAUAUUCAAUCACUACAUCAGCGAGUGCCCCGAGAGCAUCGGCGUCGAUCCCAUCGAGACCGGCGACGUCCGCCAACGCAUCAACGACUGCCACCAGCAGAGCCUGCCGUUCCUUGUAGCGGUGGAGCGGCGCACGGGGGCCAUCCGCGACGACAACCCCGAGAAGGUCAUGGGAUACGCGCUGGCGUGCGAUUUCGCCGGCCGCCGCUCCGCCGGCCGCUACUCCGCCGAGCUAGAGCUCUUCGUCAGGCCCGAAGCCAAGCGCAAGGGAAUCGGCCGCUGUUUGAUGGACAAGUUGCUCGGCAUGUGUGAUCCCACUUACAACCCUAAGGGCGGCUACAGCUUUGAGGUCCCCGCGGAAUACACCAACAACGGAGAACGUCAGCUCGCCCGGCUGACAUUUGCGCUCAGCUUCCCGGCCGACGAUAACUCGACAUAUACCUGGGUCAAGGGAUGGCUCCAUCGGGUGUUUGAGUUCGAAGAGCAGGGUCUCCUCCAGGGGAAUAGAGUCAAGUUUGGCAAAUAUCAACACGUGAGCUACCUCGUGCGCAGCGUUGGAUACAGUGAGGGCGUGGAAUUCGAUCGAUAA